AUGACGUCAAUUGGUUUAGCUCCGAAUUCAAAAGUCAGCGAAUAUGGCUUUUGGCAAAAUGAGGUUUGGCAUUGGAAUUUAAAGUACAAUCAAUAUGUUCUCAUUGGAGAGAUGUUAGUUGAAUGGAUGGAGCUACAUAAUAUCAUUGUGCACAUCAGUCUGAUUCCAAUUUUAGUGAAUAAGUUCGCGUGGUGGCAAGACGAAAACAUAUUUUCGGUCAAAGCAGCUUACCACAGGUUGAAUGUCAUUGUCGGUGUUGAUUAUCAUAUUGAGGAACAAUUGUCUAUGAUUCUUAAGAUUAUGAGGAAAUCGCAUGUCCCUAGUAACAUUCAAAUUUUCAUUUGGAGAUUAUUGCUUAAUAGGCUCCCAACAAGGGACGAACUAGCCAAAUGUGGGAUUAUUAGAAGCAUUCAUGAUCUUAGUAUUCCUCUAUGCUUCGGGACUGCUGAAUUUCAUCUUCACCUUUUCUUACUUUGCAUAGUUGAAGCUGUGUCUGGACUCUAUUAUACAAUUGGGUCGGCAUUGAAAGUAUUGAUAUCUCUUCAGGAUUGUUGGCUUAUUUGA